ACAAUCUUGGAAACCUUCUGUUCAUUUAUUCUGGGGGGAAGGGAGGCAGCACUUUUAUAAACUGAAGUACAUAGAAGGAGGCAAUGAAAGCAGUAGAGGAAGAGAAGGAGCUGUCUGCAGAGGAAAGGAGGAUUUUGGAAAGAAAAUUAAAGAAAGAGCGUAAGAAGGAAGAAAAAAAACUGAUGCGGGAAGCUGGAAUCUCUGCUAAGAAAGAAGAGACCAAAAAGCCAUCAGGGUCUGAGUUGGCACUGGAGUAUUUAACUAGCUGGUCUGAAAACCCCAAAGACUGGAAGUUUCAAAAGACAAGGCAGACUUGGCUCCUUUUGCACAUGUAUGAUAAAGAGAAGGUCCCGGAUACAUAUUUUUCUAUUUUACUGGAAUACUUGGAAGGGCUCAAGGGCAGUGCACGUGAGAUAACUGUGCAGAAAGCUGAGGCUCUCAUGAAAGAGUAUGACAGCGCUGACCUAGAAGAUCCCAACCUGUUGGACAAGUGUGAGCGCAUACGACAAGUUCUACAGCUAUUAUCCUGAAGUGGUGUGAACGCUGUUGCUAUUUCUGUACUUUUUGCUGUAUGGAGAGAAGGGUAAAAUGUAAGAAAACAGCUUUUUAUGAUCAGUGUAAAUAACAUAUCUUUAUGAAGAGUCUUGAUGCUAAGAUUUCAUAUUUCCAGUUCUUGUUGUAAAAUAUUUUUUCCAAUUACACAUUAAACAGAUUGUAAGGAAAUUAAAA